CCGACACCUCUGGACAGACAUGAGCGGCGGCGGCGAGUAUCCGUACCCCAAGUACACGUGGUCCCCGGCCGGCGGCUGGUGGGCCAAGACCAAGAACUGGCAGCGCAAGACGGGCGUGGGGCUCGUCGUGCUGGCGGCGGCGGCGGCCCCGCUGGCGCUCUACUCGAGCUCGAACCACAUCAAGUUCCCGGCCGAGGAGCGCCGCAAGCUCUAGAGGCGCUGAGAGGCUGCUACUACGUACGCGCCAGAAGAUGAAGACGAAGGAAGGGCAGAACGACUGCAAUGCAAUUAAUAUGUGGGCGGGCCAACGAGCAGCGGGCAGCGCGGACGAGAAGAAGACGAAGAAUCGACGACGGAUGGAGAGGAGGGAGGGAACCACCGGAAAGUUCAAAGGGGAACUCGUACCUAGUGUACUCGUAGCCUUGAGGCUAUAGGACUUCCUAGUCGUUCAGUUCUUCUAGUCCGCGAGUU